GUAGAACGGAGAUGACGUCAUUCGUAUUAAACGGUUCUUGGGUAGAGUCAUAAACGGGCGGCGUUGUUAUAGCAUCUGCCAUUUUGAUUAGAAGUACUUCCUUAAAUAUCAUAGUGAUUUAGAUUAAGACUACAGUCUUGUGGGCAAAAUGCUUUCAGCAGCCCAGUUACUCGAUGAGCUGAUGGGCCGUGAUCGAAAUCUGGCCCCGGAUGAGAAGCGAUGCAACGUGCGAUGGGACGACGAGACUAAAGUAUGUCGAUACUAUCUGUGUGGCUUCUGCCCAGCUGAGCUGUUCACCAACACCCGCUCAGACUUGGGACCAUGUGAGAAAAUCCAUGAUGAAAAUCUUCGAAUAACGUAUGAGAAAAGCUCUCGGUUCAUGAAGGAGGGCUAUGAGCGGGACUUCCUGCGCUAUUUGCAGUCGCUCCUGGCCGAGGUGGAGCGGCGGAUCCGCAGGGGGCAUGCCAGGCUCGCCCUCUCCCAGGCCCAGCAGAAUGCAGGGGGUCCAGGUCCAUCAGGAAAGAAUGAAGAGAAGGGCCAGGUUCUAACAGAGAAGAUUGAAGACCUGGUCUUACAGAUUGAGGAGCUGGGCUCGGAGGGCAGAGUGGAGGAGGCCCAGGGAAUGAUGAAGCUGGUGGAGCAGCUGAAGGAGGAGAGAGAGCUGCUUGGGUCCAACCCCUCGACCAUCGAGAGCUUUGCGGCCCAGGAGAAACAGAUGGAGGUGUGCGAGGUGUGUGGGGCCUUUCUCAUUGUGGGUGACGCACAGUCUCGAGUGGAUGACCACUUGAUGGGCAAACAACACAUGGGCUACGCCAAGAUAAAGUCCACCGUGGAGGAGCUCAAGGAGAAACUACGUCGUCGCUCAGAGGAACCGCAGGCUGAAAGCCCGGCUCUUAAGAAGGACAGAGAAGACCGUGAGCGUGAACGAGAAGAGAGGGAGAAGAAGCGCAAGGAGGAGGAAGAGAAGGAGAAGGAACGGGAGAAGGAGCGCGAAAAGGAGAAGGAACGGGAGAAGGAGCGCGAACGGGAGAGGGACAGAGAGCGAGACCGGGAGAGGGACCGGGACAGAGACCGGGAGAGGGACCGGAGGGCCCGCCGAAGCAACUCCAACAGCCGCCAUUCUAGCAGAGUGUCGGAAAGGAAAAGGAGCCGAUCCAGAGAUCGCAGGAGGUCCAGGAGCAGAGACAAAGAGAGGGAGAGGGAACGCAAACGCAGCAGGAGCCGAGACAGGGAGAGGGAGAAGAGGCGCAGCCGCGAGCGCAUUGAAAGAAAGCGCCGCUCCCGCAGUCGCGACCGUAAGAGGUCACGCACCCCAGAGCGCAAAUCUCACCGCCAUCGCAGCCGCAGUCGGGACCGGGAGGAGAAGAGAGACCGGGACAGGGAGCGGUCAUCGAAAGACAAAGACCGUAAGGGGACAGAGGAGAGGAGCAGCUCCAAGAAAGACAAGCACUCUGACAGCGAUGCGGCGGCCAUCAAGGCUUCGCCGGGAGCGGAAGUGGUGGAGAAAGGGGCGGGUGCCCCCGCCUCCCCUCGGCUUAACGGCCAGCAAGAGCUCCACCAUUCUGAAGGUGACACUCAGUCCAAUUAAAACUGAUCUGAUAGGACCUCAGAUCAGGCUCAGGUAAGUGCGUCCUCACCCUCACUCCCCCCUGGCUCUCAACCCAACCCCUCCCACGCUCCCCAUAUCCCUUCCCCUCCCCCCACCCUGUUUACCUUCAGUUCAAUGCCUAUGCUUUUGUCUUAUGUACUAUGUGCAUAUAUCUUUAUCCUGUUUGUGAUUAGUGCAUCAUAACUAUGCACUGAAGAUGAAGGACUAGGCCCGAUGAUUGAGAAGAAGGUAGAAAGCUAUCACACCAAUCCCAGAGUGAAAGGCCAGUGUAGCCCUGAGCGAACGUGCCCGGAGGUACCCUCGUUUUGUAUCGGUCUUUGAUACAUGUAGCUGUAUGUCUCUGUGGACAGAAUGGCAGAAAGAGAAUAUUACCAGUCCAAUCCGCUUUCUGCCUGUAUUGACCUGUUUGCUGUUAUUUUUAAGUAGGAACAUGUAGUUUUGAUUUACUGUUUUACACUCUAUCGAAGAAGAUUCAGCCCCUGUGUGUUUACGUGUUGAUAUGUACACAUAUCCAUGUCUGUAGACAUGGUCUGUCAUGGUCUGCUCACAUGUAAACAUACAGACGGCCCCUCAGCUCCAGUAAAAGGACGGAAAAAACAAGCCAUUUUGCCGUAAUCAUAACUCGAAUGCCAUGGAUUUGUUGUCCAGCUUACUGUGCCUGAUGAUGCCAUGCAGUGUGUGUUUUUGGGGGGGUUGGAGGGUGGUGGGUUGUUAUAGCAACAAGGGCCUUACGUAACUAACUAACUGGAGGGUAGGGUUUAUCAAAUGAAUUGCAGCUGACUUCCAUACCUCACACAGCGUUGGUGUUGUGAGCGAGACCACAUGAGAAAAGGGCAAAUUAAAAAUCAUGGAUACUCUGACUGUCAAACUGUGCAGGUACUCACCCCAGGUACUCCUUUCUCUACCCACAUCCAUUUCUGAAUGCUGUUGCCUGUCAGAAAAAACACUGUACUUCUCCACAACAUUUAGUUGGAACUUUGAAUGUUUAUGUCUUUUAUUCUGGUUUGUUGUUUUUAGAUUCGCUAGCUUUCGGGGAAAAGUUUUAUUACUUAUUAUUAUUAUUAUUAUUAUUGUCAGACAUUUUAAAACUGCUUCGAUGAAGACGGCCUGUUUGAUAUUUCUAUGCGAAAUGCUAAAGUUGUCACCUAAGUGUAGUGUUAAGGACUUAUGUUUUGCAAGGGUAUUUUUAAUGUUUAAUCUGCCUAUAAUAUGUCCAGUGCACUUUAGCAUUGGCAUAAGGAGCCUCAAACAGGUUUGUCACAGUUGAUAAAACAUUCGGCUCUAAGUUGGUGACCAGAACGGAUUUUUAAUGCAGAUAGAGAAACCCGUUGAUGAUCUUAACUCUCCUCUGUGGCUAAAGUGAGGGACACAUAUCACACAUUUUUUUUUCUUCGUGUUGCUCCAGCAGCAGCAUCAGUUGCUCGUAGCUACGUACUAAGCACUUGUUGUGGGACCUUUACUGACAUUGCGUUUUGUGAACAUUCUUUGCUCGACAGGGGAAGCUGGGAUAUCUGGCGGAGGAAGAAGUGGAAGAGCGCAGCCGCCCUCGUCCUGAUUCUGACACUUCGCUGCUUAAAAACAAGGUGAACCACAGAUGUGUAGUGGCUUAUUUAAAAAAAAAAAAAAAAAAAAAACAUGAGCAUACAUGUAAAUUGAGGAGAGAGGGAGGGAAAUUAAUUGAUGCUCCAUCAGCAUGGAGGAGGGUAGUUGUGGUUCAUCUGAUGUAUUACUUGGUCUAGAUGUCAACCAGGUGUCACUUUGAAUACCAAACUUAGAGACGUUCAUUUUGGGUUUUUGUGUUAUUUUGAAAAUCUUUACACAUCCUCCUUGUUUCUUGACAUUUAGUGCAAACAAAAUAAUACUAAUAAUAAAAAUAAAGAAAUCAAUGCUUGUGUUUUGGUUUGUCAGGUGCCACUUCGCUCCCUGACCCUUUUAAGUCGGUUGAAAGCGUCUGUACGAUGGUAGUCUCUUUUCUCCUCACUCAGAGCUCACAUUGAUUGCUCUUCUUCCUUCACUGUAAAAUAUACUGAUUUCAUUUUGAUCAAAAGAUUUCAAAGAAUGGAGAUUCGUUGAAUUUUGCUCUGCUUUUAAUGUCCAUGUUGUCUCGAUGAAUAAAAAGUCAAUAUUUGUCAA